AUGCUGCCGGUGCACAUUAAAGAGCGUUUGAAGGAUAACCGCACUGAUGGGCUGGCUGAAAGCUAUGACGAAGUGUCGAUUCUGUUUUGCUACGUGAGCAACUUCCAAGCGCUUUCGAAACACGCGUCAGCUAUUGAGCUUGUGCAGCUUAUGAACCGAAUCGUGUUUUGCUUCGAUCGAGCUACAGAUGCCCAAGGAGUUUAUAAAGUUGAGGCUAUUGCUGAAACCUACAUGUGUGCGGCUGGAGUGCCGCAGCGCGACCCAUUUCAUUGCGAGAAAAUCGCCGAUAUGGCUUUGAUGAUGAUGCGAAUCUGCGAAAAAGAAUCCUGGAGCUUCAAUGGCGUGGACAUCCAGCUGCAAAUUGGCAUUCACUCCGGUCCUGUGGUUGCGGGUGUCGUAGGGUGCAAGACCUACAGUUAUCAUCUCUUCGGCGACACAGUAAAUACGUCCUCCCGCAUUUGCUCUUCCGGCGCUGGCAGGAUCCAAAUCAGUGAUCGAUCUCGUCAGCUUCUUGCUCGCACCGGGGCCUUCAUUAUUUCAGAGCGAGGCAUGAUGAACCUCAAAGGCAAAGGUAUGGUUCGGCUCUUUUGGCUGGAA